GUGCUAGGUGGAUGAUCUUUCUAGGAUGUACAGGCUUUACCAUAAAAUACCCAAGGGAUUGGAACCGAUUCUUAAUACAUUCAAGCAGCAUGUCACUAAUGAGGUUACUGUUCUCGUUCAACAAGCCGAAGAUGCUGCAAGUAACCAGGCUACAACUUCUUCUGGUGCCCCAGAGCAGGUCCUCAUCAGGAAACUAAUUGAAUUGCAUGAUAAGUACAUGGUCUAUGUGACUGACUGUUUUUCAAACAACACACUAUUCCACAAGGCUUUGAAGGAGGCUUUUGAGGUCUUUUGCAACAGAACUGUUGCUGGCGUUUCUAGUUCUGAACUUCUGGCAACUUUCUGUGAUAAUAUCCUCAAGAAAGGCGGAAGUGAGAAAUUGGGUGAUGAAGCUAUUGAAGAAACACUUGAAAAGGUGGUUAAACUCCUUGCGUAUAUUAGUGAUAAAGAUCUUUAUGCUGAGUUCUACAGGAAAAAGCUUGCUCGGCGUCUACUUUUGGACUGUAGUGCUAAUCAUGAUCAUGAGAGGAAUAUUUCGACUAAGCUGAAGCAGCAGUGUGGGGAACAGUUCACAUCCAAGGAGGGCAUGGGGUUGCCAUCUUUAGGAGAGAAGCAUGAUGAGUUCAUGCCAAGGGAGCUUGGUAAAAGAUGGUCGAGUCAUAAAGUCAUGGUCUGGUGGCUGUUGCAAUUCUUCUAUUAUCUUGAUAGGUACUUCAUUGCUCGGAGUCAGAGAUCACUUCCUGCACUUAAUGAAGUUGGAUUAACAUGCUUCUGUGAUCUGGUAUGUGAUGACUUCUUUUUGCAUCUAAUGUUAAUCUUAUGUGCUAGUUUGAGUUGGAUUUGAAUAUGCUUCUUUUUGUUCCAAUUAUCCUGUUGACUCAUUUCAUGAUAUUGCUUUUUCUAAUUUUAGGCAUACAAUGAAAUAAAAGAUAAAGUCAGAGAUGCCGUAAUUAUCCUGGUGAGUUCAUGCCUUGUAUCUUUUCAGGAUUGUAAGUCUUAUUUUGAAUAAGAAACGAAGUGUAAGAAU